GCCGACGCCGUCAUGGACACGUUCAUGGCCAUGGACAUCUUCGGUGCCCUGGUGGAGGACGCUGUCAAUGCGAGCACGCGCGUGUCGACCAUCCAGCAGUUGCUCAAGCAGGAGAGUGUCGUUCUGUCGAUGUACCCGGCCUUCAACGCCACGAAGAUCUGGCUUCGCGAGGUGCGGGAGGACGUCAGGCCGCAGCUCCUGCGCUUCUCGUUCGGCGACGUGGCGGCGGUCCUGGAGGCGGCCGUGGAGCAGAACGCGAGGCACCAGGCGGCAGACUGUCGCGAGAUCAAGGACCAGCUGGUCAGCAUGGAGGAGAGCCCUGGCUCUGGGCGGCUGCCGCUGUCCGACUUCUACGCGGCGGCUCUCCAGA